CCGGGAGCCGGCGAGCGGCCGUUCCUCCCGCCCCUCCGCCUGCCGCCGCCGCCGCCUCCUCCCUCCGGCUCCUCCCGCCCCCACCUCUGCGUGAGUCGCGGAGGCGCCCUCUUCUGCCUCUUUCUCCCGCUCCCGCUCGCUCGUCUCGCCCGCGUAUACUUCCCCCUGCUGUGCUCCGGGGGACCCAAGCAUUCUCCGCGCUAACCUUAGGGACCCAUGGUGCUCGGAAAGCCUACAGAAAGCCGCUCUGGGCAGAGCCAGUGGGAAGCCCCUGGUGCCUCCCCCCUCCGCCGGCGCAGCCCGUGCCCGGCUCACAGCACCUUUUCGCUCCUGCUCGCUCUGUUUGGGAGGACGGGGUGAGAAGGUGAAGUGGAAAGAACUGCAGAGCGGAGGGGGCCAGUCUCAGAGCUCAGAUUUCCUUUUCAUUGAAGCAAAGCGCGAAAGAUCAGGGGUUUUUUUCUGCAUUUUUUUUCCUUAAAAAAAAUUUUUUUUUAAAAGAAACUUAUUUUGGGGGGGUUUGCUCUGGGCACUUGGUUUGCCCAGUAGUUGAAAAGUGAACUCGACUCGUGAUGGUUCUCCUGUCACUUUGGUUGAUAGCAGCUGCACUGGUAGAGGUUAGGACUUCAGCUGAUGGACAAGCUGGCAGUGAAGAAAUGGUGCAAAUAGAUUUACCAAUAAAGAAACAGAGAGAGUAUGAGCUGGUGACCCCAGUCAGCACAAAUUUUGAAGGACACUAUCUCUCCCAUAUUCUUUCUGCAAAUCACAAAAAGAGGUCAACGAGGGACGUGUCUUCCAACUCUGGGCAGCUGUUCUUUAACAUCACAGCAUUUGGAAGAGAUUUUCAUCUGCGACUAAAGCCCAAUACUCAGCUAGUAGCUCCUGGGGCUGUUGUGGAAUGGCAGGAGACAUCUCUGGUGCCUGAGAAUAUAACCAACCCCAUUAAUGGUCAUCAACCAGGAAGUGCUUCAGAAAGAAUUGGGAAAACAGAGCCUUUGCAGACUAACUGUGCUUAUGUUGGUGACAUCAUGGACAUUCCAGGAACCUCUGUUGCCAUUAGCAACUGUGAUGGUCUGGCUGGAAUGAUAAAAAGUGAUGAUGGUGAGUAUUUCAUUGAACCUUUGGAAAGAGGUAAGCAGAUGGAGGAAGAAAAAGGAAGGAUUCACGUGGUCUACAAGAGGUCAGCAGUAGAACGGGCUCCCGUAGACACGUCCGAAGGCUUCCACUACAGAGAGUCAGCUCUGGAAAGCCUUGAUGCUCUAGGUACCAUUUACAGCAGCAUUGAUCAGCAGCUGAAUGAAACAAUGAGGCGCCGCAGACACGCAGGAGAAAAUGAUUACAACAUUGAGGUGCUGCUGGGAGUGGAUGACUCUGUGGUCCGUUUCCAUGGCAAAGAGCACGUUCAAAACUACCUCCUCACCCUGAUGAACAUUGUGAAUGAAAUUUACCAUGAUGAGUCCCUUGGAGUACAUAUAAAUGUGGUCCUGGUGCGCAUGAUAAUGCUGGGUUAUGCAAAGUCCAUCAGCCUCAUAGAAAGGGGAAACCCAUCCAGAAGCUUGGAGAAUGUGUGUCGCUGGGCUUGCCAACAACAAAAAUCUGAUCCCAACCACUCUGAACACCAUGAUCAUGCAAUUUUCUUAACCAGACAAGACUUUGGACCUGCCGGAAUGCAAGGAUAUGCUCCAGUUACAGGCAUGUGUCAUCCAGUGAGAAGUUGUACCCUGAAUCAUGAGGAUGGUUUUUCAUCUGCUUUUGUAGUAGCGCAUGAAACUGGCCAUGUGUUGGGAAUGGAGCAUGAUGGACAAGGCAACAGGUGCGGUGACGAGACUGCCAUGGGAAGUGUCAUGGCCCCCUUGGUACAGGCAGCGUUUCAUCGCUACCACUGGUCCCGAUGCAGUGGCCAAGAACUGAAAAGAUACAUUCAUUCCUAUGACUGUCUCCUUGAUGACCCUUUUGAACAUGAUUGGCCCAAGCUCCCAGAACUUCCUGGAAUCAAUUAUUCUAUGGAUGAGCAAUGUCGCUUUGAUUUUGGGGUUGGUUACAAAAUGUGCACUGCGUUCCGAACCUUUGACCCAUGUAAACAGCUGUGGUGUAGCCAUCCAGAUAAUCCCUACUUUUGUAAGACUAAAAAGGGACCCCCACUUGAUGGGACUGAAUGUGCUGCUGGAAAAUGGUGCUACAAGGGUCACUGCAUGUGGAAGAAUGCUAAUCAACAAAAACAAGAUGGCAACUGGGGGUCAUGGACCAAAUUUGGCUCCUGUUCCCGGACCUGUGGAACUGGUGUUCAUUUCAGAACACGCCAGUGCAAUAAUCCAAUGAAAAGAUGCCACCUUUACUGUCAAUCCAAAGAGACUGGAGAUGUCGCUUAUAUGAAACAGCUGGUGCACGAUGGGACGCGCUGCUCUUACAGAGACCCGUAUAGCAUCUGUGUGCGAGGAGAGUGUGUGAAAGUGGGCUGUGAUAAAGAGAUCGGUUCUAACAAGGUUGAGGAUAAGUGUGGCGUCUGUGGAGGAGAUAAUUCCCAUUGUCGAACUGUAAAGGGGACAUUUACCAGAACCCCCAGGAAGCUUGGCUACCUUAAGAUGUUUGAUAUACCCCCUGGUGCUAGACGUGUGUUAAUCCAAGAAGACGAGGCUUCUCCUCAUAUUCUUGCUAUUAAGAACCAGGCUACAGGCCACUAUAUUUUAAAUGGCAAAGGCGAGGAAGCCAAGUCGCGGACCUUCAUAGAUCUUGGUGUGGAAUGGGAUUAUAACAUUGAAGAUGACAUUGAAACUCUUCACACAGAUGGACCUUUACAUGAUCCUGUUAUUGUUUUGAUCAUACCUCAGGAGAAUGAUACCCGCUCUAGUCUGACAUAUAAGUACAUCAUCCACGAAGACUCAGCACCUACAAUCAACAACAACAAUGUCAUCCAGGAAGAAUUAGACACUUUUGAGUGGGCUUUGAAGAGCUGGUCUCAGUGCUCCAAACCCUGUGGUGGAGGUUUCCAGUACACUAAAUAUGGAUGCCGUAGGAAAAGUGAUAAUAAAAUGGUUCAUCGCAGCUUCUGUGAAGCCAACAAAAAGCCGAAACCUAUUAGAAGAAUGUGCAAUAUUCAAGAGUGUACACAUCCACUCUGGGUCGCAGAAGAGUGGGAGCACUGCCCUAAAACCUGCGGCACUUCCGGCUACCAGCUCCGCACCGUCCGCUGCCUUCAGCCGCUCCACGACGGCACCAACCGCUCUGUGCACAGCAAGUACUGUGUGGGGGAGCGUCCCGAGAGCCGCCGGCCCUGUAACAGGGUGCCCUGCCCGGCCCAGUGGAAAACUGGGCCCUGGAAUGAGUGCUCAGUAACCUGUGGUGAAGGAACAGAGGUGAGGCAGGUCCUCUGCAGGGCUGGAGACCACUGUGAUGGUGAAAAGCCAGAGUCCGUCAGAGCUUGUCAGCUGCCUCCCUGUGAUGAUGAGCCAUGUUUGGGAGAUAAGUCCAUAUUCUGUCAAAUGGAAGUGCUGGCACGGUACUGCUCCAUACCAGGUUAUAACAAGUUAUGCUGUGAGUCAUGCAGCAAGCGUAGGAGCACGCUGCCACCACCAUACCUUCCAGAAGCUGCUGAAACUCCUGGUGAUGCUAUCUUUAACCCCAGUGACCUCCCUGGAUCUCUAGUGAUGCCUACGGCUUUGGUUCCUUACCAUUCAGAGAGCCCUGCUGAGAAGGAGUCUUUGAGUAGGAUCUCUUCAGUGGGAGGUCCAAACGCACAUGCUGCUUUCAGGCCACACAGUAAACCUGACGGUGCUAACUUACCCCGGAAGAGAGUUCAGCAAGCAGGAAGUAAGACUCUCAGACUGGGCUCCCCACCCACCAAGAGUGGCCACCUCAGCUCAUCUUCUCAAAUGGCUGCUGCCCCCUUGCUUGCAGCCAGUGAUUCAAUAGGUGCUUCUCCUCAGGCAAGAACCUCAAAGUAAGAAAGAUGAAAAGAUUAUCGACAAGAGACAUCCAUUAAGAUUAUCUACCUUGGACAGAGGAGAAAGUGAACCUGCAGGCUGGAAAUCAAAGGAAAACCUGGAUGAGCUCCUUCUUGCAUGGUGCAUACAGCUUAUUUAAGGUGGAAAUCUCCAUAGACUGUCCACUCAUUUCAUUUGUAGGUGGAAGAACAAGAAGUGCUGGUUCACUUUCUAAUUGCUUUCAACCUCCUUUUGUUCUACAUGGAAUCAUUUAUUGGAAUUCAUUGGAAGAAAGCACCAAAGAUUAUUGACAGAAGGAAAGUAAGUUGCUAAGUGUGUUGGUCACUCUAACACAGAAAAGGGACUGGAACCAAUUGUGCAUAUCAACUGAUUUUUUUGUUUUAAAAAAGUUACAGUAAAUAUAAAAAAGUGCCAACAGUUUACAGUUUAACAAAAUAUUUUGGAAGUGAAGCAAAGGAUUCUUAGACUUAUAUUCCUAUUUAUCUAUAUUAAAAAUAUUGUAUGAGCAAAUCUGCAGCUGUUGUGUAAAUACUGUAUAUUGCAGAAAUCAGUAUUAUUUUAAGAGAAGUGUUCUCAAAUGAUUGUUUACUAUAUUACAUUUCUGGAUGUUCUAGGUGCCUGUCAUUGAGUAUUGCCUUAUUUGACAUUCUAUGUGUUGAUUUUCAAAACAGAAUAUAAAGAAGUUAGAAUUGCAGUUAUUGACAACACAAAGUGUUUUAUGUGGUUUUGUUUAAUCAACAAUGUGAUAAUUAAAUUACAAAAAAAGGAAAAAAACAGAUCUGCUGCAGAUAUACAGAUUUCAGGUUACCUAUUACCUUCUGUCCUUUAAAUAAAAAGGAACAGGAUUGGUGUCUUAGUAUACUCAUGGUCACAGAAAGCAGAGACCAGUAAAUGAGCCUGUGCUAGACAAAACUGAAACCCUCUUAUCAGGACUUCAGGAGGCACCCCUGAAGUUUCCUAUGUUCUUGUGUUGUUUAUUUCCCCAUUGUUGACAUAUACAAACAGUUAUACUGAAUGUACUGUAGUAAUAACAAAGGAAAAAUGUUUCAUGAUAAUUUGUAUGUUCGUAGUUCAGAAGAACAUCAAUGAACUAGAAUUGACACUCAAGUAUAGCAGGGUUUAGGGGCGUUGGAAGCAGGUUCAAGAAAGCAUUUGUCAGUGGUUUCAGUAUUUAUUUUCUGCAUGAUUCAUUCCAAAUGUUCACAACCACAGUGCAUCUGACUGCAACAAUGUGCUAGUAACUUAUGUCAGUGGUCACCUUACUCACAGUGAAGCCAGAAAUGCUCUCUCCAGGGAGUAAAUGUAAAAUACUUGUAUAUAGAUUUCAAAACUGAAGGUAUUUAUUAAAAGUUGAUUUUUUUUCUU